GAAUCAAUUCAAAUCGAUACGAGAGGGACCGCCGAACGAACUCAAACGGCGUCGUAUCGUGCUUGACAUUCAUCCAUUGUUCCAUUCCUUGUGGUGCAGAGAUACAGAGGGAGAGAGAUCUGAGAGUAGGAGAGGAAGAUGGAGAAGGGGAAGAUCGAAGAGGUGAUCGAGAAGCAAGUCCUCACGGUGGCGCAAGCCGUCGAGGACAAGAUCGACGAGCAGAUCGCCGCCCUUGAACGCCUCGAUGCCGACGAUCUCGAGGCUCUCCGCGAACGCCGCCUUCAGCAGAUGAAGAAGAUGGCAGAAAAGCGCUCCCGUUGGAUCUCCCUUGGUCACGGAGAAUAUUCCGAGAUUCCCUCCGAGAAGGACUUCUUCUCCAUCGUCAAGGUCAGCGAACGCGUCGUUUGCCAUUUCUACCGCGAUAACUGGCCCUGCAAGGUUGUGGACAAGCAUUUGAGUUUGUUAGCGAAGCAGCAUAUCGAGACUCGGAUUGUGAAAAUUAAUGCUGAAAAAAGUCCCUUUUUGGCUGAGAAGCUCAGGAUCAUGGUUCUUCCAACUCUUGCCCUCAUAAAGAAUGCCAAAGUUGAUGAUUACGUGGUGGGCUUUGAUGAACUUGGUGGGACUGAUGAGUUCAGCACAGAGGAUCUCGAAGAAAGGUUGGCUAAAGCUCAAGUCCUAUUUUCUGAGGGAGAGUCAUCAUUCAAUCAAGCAAGGUCCAAUGCGCAAACGAAAAGAAGUGUUCGACAGAGCACCACAGCAGACUCGUCAGAUUCUGAGUAACUUGCAUUUCCUGAUGAGCAUUAUUAACCCUGCUCUCCUGAGAAACUGAGCACCUGGGUUACACUCUAAACUCAAUCUCAUUGAUUGCCUUGGUGUGUCUUCUGUAAGAGUUUAUCAUGAGUAGAUCAUGUUGAGAUCAUCCUUUUUUCUGUGAUAUUUUUGAGAUAAUCCUCGGAUUAUACUAACUUUAUUAAUCUUUGUUAGUAAUUUUACGAGUUUUGAGAUAGAUGCAGUCCUUUAUUAUUGUGUUUUGCAAAUGUGCUAAUGUAUUGGUAAUAGGUACUACUGCAAGUCGGUCUCAUGCGUUCUGUAGUCUACUAUAAAGUAAAUAUGCUAGCUGAUGAUAACUAUUCAUCUCUAUCGCCAGAACAUAGUUUCUAAAUGGAAAACAUGUAUGGCUAUAUAUUGUGCAUAUUGAAUCAUUCAAAAGGGAUUACAGAUUAUUCUUAAAUGGGCACAGGGAAAUUCAAGAAAUGUUGAGCAAACCAAACCUAUUUUUCCUCAGAUUCUCAAAUUAUAGGAGAGGGUUUACAAGAC